AUGUCUGCAGUUCGACAGCCAAGUAGUCAGUCAGUGGCUGCAAUCGACAGACAUUGGACCGCGCACGUGCGUGCGCACACACACACGUGUUUUCUCUCUUUUCAAUACUUUUCUCUAUUUUUCUUUCUUUCUUUCUUUCUUUCUUUCUUUCUUUCUUUCUUUCUUUCUUUCUUUCUUUCUUCUCCGCAAACUUUUCUUUUCCGGCUUUUUCAUUUUAAAAAUUUCAUUUCAGUCAACAUUUUUUUCUCUUCUCUUCACGUUUCUCACACACAAAUCAAUCUUUCUUUCUUUCUUUCUUUCUUUUUUUCUUUCUUUCUUUCUUUCUUUCUUUCUUUUGUCGCCUUUUUAGUCAUUUUUUUACAGAUGUCAACCCUUUUUCUCGCCUUUUCAUUCCCUCUCCCUGCGUUACAGUCUUCCUCUCUCUCUCUCUCUCUCUCUCUCUCUCUCUCUCUCUCUCUCUCGUAA